AUGUCUAAAGAGUCUCUCGACGAACGAUUCCGGCGCUUGGCGAAGAUCGUUGAGACAAAGGCGACUCGGCCGCCGAUGUCUCUCGCCACGAAACUGGAGCUUUAUGGCCUGUGGAACCAGGUCAUGUACGGCCCCAACACGAAGCCUACGCCUUCGCGCUUGAAUGUGGCGGCGUACGCCAAGUGGAAGGCAUACAAGCGUUUCGAGCGGUUGAGCAAGGAGGAAGCCAAAAAGAAAUUUACGGAGGUCGCAGAGAGGGCAGUUGCCGCGUCGAAGCUGUGA